AGGUAAGAAGCAAACACUGAGACCACCUGAGAUCCAAAAUAUAUGUCUUUAAGUCGUAGAGAUCCUCUUGUGGUGGGAAGUGUUGUUGGAGAUGUUCUUGAUCCUUUCACGAGAUUGGUCUCUCUUCGGGUCACUUAUGGCCAAAGAGAGGUUACUAAUGGCUUGGAUCUAAGGCCCUCUCAAGUUCUGAACAAACCAACAGUGGAUAUUGGAGGAGACGACUUCAGAAAUUUCUACACCUUGGUUAUGGUGGAUCCAGAUGUGCCGAGUCCAAGCAACCCUCACCUCCGAGAAUAUCUCCAUUGGUUGGUGACUGAUAUACCUGCCACAACUGGAACGGCCUUUGGCAAUGAGGUGGUGUGCUACGAGAGUCCACGUCCACCCUCGGGAAUUCACCGUAUAGUGUUGGUAUUGUUCCGGCAACUCGGAAGACAAACAGUUUAUGCACCCGGGUGGCGCCAACAGUUCAACACUCGUGAGUUUGCUGAAAUCUACAAUCUUGGUCUCCCUGUGGCUGCAUCUUUCUUCAAUUGCCAGAGGGAGAAUGGCUGUGGAGGAAGAAGAACGUAGAUGCCUACGUACUUACUUUAACUAAAUAAUCCAUUCGCAUAUUGCAAAUCCCUAAUGAGCUACUUAAGCUUUUAAGCAUCUCUACACGUCUAUGUAAUAAGAAAAAUAAAGUGAUGCAUAUGCUGAGAUCGAUAUAAAGUAGUUUAUACUUU